CCUUUAGGUGCACACUUCCCAAAAAGUUGAAUCUCGAAAACAGUCACAUACGUCAUAAACGAAAAAAAUUGAUAUAAAAAGGGACAUGUCGCAGGACGAGAGCUUAAAAUCAAAUUCAGAAUCAUCAGGUAGCUCUACAAGUAAUCAAUUCCCCUUUUACCAAGAACACAUUCUCGAUGAUCAGCAUGAUACUAUGAGCGAUCCCACAUUGUAUGGAAGCAGCAGUUUAACGAGAAGUGGUACUGUCAAAAGGGCAGGUACCAAUUUUUUACAAAAAAAGGAAAGUAGUGAAGUGAUUAAGAGUUUUUCGAUGUAUGAAGAUAGUGAUAGUGUAUUCAUUAAGGAAAAAUCAAGUCCUGAUUCUGUGAAUAGUCGGUAUAGAAGGUCCUUGGAUAGCACUUUUCGGAGGAGUUUGGAAUCAAUCUCAGAACACAAAACAAAGCGCUCAUUUUCUCCAAACUGUACACUUAGCACAGCUAGCAGAUGUAGUUCCUCUCUAGAAUCAUUUUCUUCUGAACCGGAAAAUGCUAUUAGAAUCGCUACGAAUACAAAAAACGAUGAAGGUAAAGUUCAAAGUCCCGCCUCAAGUUACCUUUCUUGGAUAGGAAGCGUUAGUAACGAAUUUAUAGCCACGCCCGCCGAAAUACGACAAUCAGUUGAAAUUAAUAAUGAUAUAGAUAGUAAAGUUGGAGAGUGGAAUAAUUUUUGGCUGAAUUAUAAUAGUGCUAGAAGCAGGUACAUGUCCAGUGCUUUUCUUAGUGCGGAUGAUCGAACGGCCGAAGAAAUGUCUGAAGCCAAAAGUAUCAAUAGUAACAUCAAAGAAACAGCAGACAGACCUUCUGGAGAAUUUAUUCUAAUGACUAUUGAUGAAAUUCAUGAAGCCUUGAAAUGCUCAAAAAAGAUCACAGAAAUUUUUCAAUCUGCUCUUACUAGGAACGACCACGACUGUGAAAAUUCCAAUUUUGAAACGUCUUACUAUUCAGAGUCGGUUUCUAGACAUACUUCAUCCAUAAAAGAAGACAACGGUUCCAUCUUUACUACCGAAGAUUUACAAAAAGUAGCAAGAGAAAGAUCCGCCUCUUACAUUGUAACUACCCAAGACUUACUAAAUAAGCAAAAAGAACUUCUUAAGCCUUCUACUCAGUCUUCCAGUACCAGCUGCAUAAAUGCCAUUUUAAACACAGGAGUUGCUGACAUUUUAAAAAGAGUGAUGAACAAGAGGCGCGAUAUUAUGACACCUGAUGAUAUGUCAUCAAUGACAAGACGAAGCUUCUCGGAGUGGAGCAGCAAAUGAUUUUUGUUUGUUAAAUAUUACUACAAAAGUAAAUACCAUGCAUCAUGUAUAUAUUAUAAUUAUUGUGUGAACAACGUGCAAUGAUAAAUGAAAAAACUUGAGUGUUGUCUAUUAUUUAUAUGUAGA